ACAGCCGCAUCCUCGGUUACCUGAGGAGGACUGGCUCUAGCUCUAGCCAUAUGCUCUAGCAUGCUACAGAUGCUAGUCCGCCAUAACAAUUUUUGAACAGUUUUGUAUGGUUUCGGUGAUGUGGUGAAGGAUGUGCUUUUAGCUGUUGGUUUGAGCUGAAGUCAUGGAGAAGUGGGAAGUAAAUAAUGAGGUUAUUCGCCUUCAAGGAAUUCUGAAGACCUGUCGUGUUUAUCUAAUACGAAAGAUCGUCUCCAAUGUACAGCGUCUAAGGGCACAGAAGGGAUCUGAAGCGCAACGAAAGAAAAAUGCGGAAAAGGCUAAUCGACUCCUUGAGCAGUUGCAACACAUCAAGAAGGUUGAUGUCGCUGCCCUUGCAAAGGAGUCCCUUGUCAGUGAAGCUUCCUGGGCAGAAGUUGUUACGAAUCCCAAGGCAACAUUGGAACGCAGAGCAGAAGCAAGGUUGUUGGAUCAUAAGAGUGUUCGCAAAUUUGUGGAACAAUUCAGGAAGAAGAAUCCCAGUUGGAAGUCGUGGGUUCCACAAAUCAUAGACAUGUGGAAACAAAAGGGGAUGUUCCGCGCCCAACGUACCAAAGGUGGUGAAGAAAAAAGCGAGGACAGCUCUAGGAGAACUGAGGAUAUUUGUUGUUGCGCACACAGGCCAAAUUCUGCCAAGAAAAGUGAAACCACAACUAAGAAGCCUAAAGUUGUGGAACAGAGUGGUGAGAACAUAGUGCCACCCAGGAAAGGUAGUUGGAAACCGAUUGCUAAAGUUGAUAUGGAGGCUCAAAAGAGUAAAGUGGUGCUACCUAUCAACAUGAACCAACCUGAACUUGAUCUGGGUUCCAGAAACGGAAGCGUGGAAAGUGAUGCGUCCGUGCUACAGCUGCCAAAAAUGAGUGACCAUUUCUUCCAUGUCACGAGAUCACGAGAUAGUAGAGACAUUAGUACCAUUGGGAGAGGAGGAAGCUUGACCUUGAAGCAGCAGAGAAGCUCUCGGGUCUCACGAAAUAGUACACACUUGAGUACCAUUGGGAGAGAAGGAAGCUUCACCUUCAAGCAGCAGAAAAGCUUUAGGAAAGAGGAAGACGAACAAGGAGACCUCCACCCAUCCUGGCUUGCAAAGAAGCGCCAGAACCAAAGCAUCGCGCAAUUCAAGGGCAAGAAAGUCAUCUUUGACUGACCUCAAAUAAAUCACUUUAUUGUCAA